UGUUGCUUCCCUUUCCUCGAGACCUCAUCCCGUUGCCAUGAGCACCGAUGGAGUGGAAGGGAGGCGAUGGUUGGUGCUUUUGUGCAUGUUCUGGUUGGGUCUGAUGCAAUGCGUGGGCUGGGUCACCUACAGCGCUUCCCCGCGGAUCGCGGCAGAGUAUUAUGGCUUUGAGAACCCAAAGGCAUCCAUCGAUCUGCUGCUGAAUUGGGGUCCCAUCAUGUACUUGCCUGUGGCACCAGUGGUUGGCUACCUGGUGGCCAAACAAGCUGGAAACCUUUGGGGCGUGAUCCUUUCCGGUGCCGCUCUCACGGCCUUGGGACUCUGUCUGCGACUGGUGCCCAAUGUCAUAGGACUGGCGCCAGCAUCGGGUUUCACGCACGCUUUGGUGCAUGGAGGGCAAGCCUUGAACGGCGCAGCGGGGCCCAUGAACUGCGUGACGCCGUCCGCCCUUGCGGCGCUGUGGUUCCCGGCCUCGCAGCGGGGCAUCGCCACCAGCGCCGUCUACGCGGUGCAGAUGUCUGGGCCCUCCGUGGGCUUCCUACUGGCCCUGGGGAUUCGAAACAGUGACCACAUGGUGCUGCUGAUGUUUGUGGAAGCGGCUUUCGCCCUGGCCGUCUUAGGAACUUGGGCCUUGCUGCCACGAGAACCGAAGGUGCCACCUUCUCACAGUCAAGAGCUACGUCUGGACGCCUCGCCUCCCGCACUGCCGCGGCGGCGCUGGAUCUCCACAGUGGUGCUGGUGCUGGCGGGAAGCUUCUCCAUCGGUGUCUUCCAAUGUUGGUCGCCUGCGCUUCCGACACAGCUGCAAGGGGCGUUGCCUGAAAGCCUUUUGAAAUGGUUCGCCAUCAUCACGGCCACGGCCUCCGUCCUGGGCAGCUGCCUCUGCCCGCCACUGAUGGAAGCUUUGAAGCUCCAGUGGCGCUUGAAAUCUGCCAUGGCAACGAUGCUGCUGGUGCAACUGGUGGCCUUUAGCAUCUUCGCCGCAUCGCUGCCGGACAGUCCGGUGGCCGUCUGGAAGGAAGGGCCUGCCUCGCCCGCAUGGCUGAUGACUUGGCUCGUAGUGGCCUCCGUAGCCGAAGGAGCCGUGGCACCCAUGGUUUACGAGCUAAGUGCAGAGUUGACAUAUCCUCAUUCGGAGGGUCUGACGGGUGCAGCGUUCAGCUGGCUUUUGAACUUUUUCGGCUUUGUGCUGCUGGGGAUUUUUCCAUUGGUCCCUCCAAGAUAUGAUUCGCUGAUGAUGAUGGGUGCCUGCCUGGUGAGCUUGGUCCUGCUAUGCUUCGUGCACGCGGAAUAUCCGCGGCGAAUGUUAGAUGAGAACGUGCGUUCUGGACUGCUGCCAUCUGAGCUUUGAAUACCACGAGGUUUGUGGAAAGUUUAACGAUGGUGCAGAGAUUCGCGCUCUGCAUCUGCAGUUUGACCAGGGUUUCCAAGAGUUUCUACGCUUCAAGACAUGGUUCAAACAAGAUCAGCUUGGAAUUUGGACAUGGUGACAUGGUG